AGAACAAGUAAAUCUAAGAAACAAUGAAUUGUUUUUCGUUUUCUUUUAUUAUUAUUGUGUUAUGUGCAGGAUCGAGUAAUGCGAAGUUCAGAGAAAAAAAUUCUGUAGUUUUUAAAAAUUCUCUUGGUGUGAAAAACGUUCUCAAGAUUCAUUGUACAUCAAAAGACGACGACCUAGGCUACCACUAUUUGAGACCUGGAGUACAAAUCUACGAAUUUCGUUUUCAUGAUAGUGUUUUGAAAACUAAAUUUGAUUGUGAGUUAUGGCAGGGACGUGGUCCUACUUACAAGUUUUAUGCAAAUUUUAGGGCAUAUAAAAGUGGCGGUCUGAUAGCUCACUACGGUAAAAAGAAUAUUUGGGAAGCUAGAGAAGAUGGUAUUUACUUCACACAUGGUAAAGAAAUUCCUAAAUUAGAGUAUAAAUGGAGCCCCAUAGGAAAGCCUCCUAGCCCUUAAGAGAGCAUAAAUUGUGUUAAUCAUGUAUGUCUUAACUAUAAUAAUAUAUCUUAUGUUCUUCAAUGAAUCUAUUGAAUGAAAAUUUAUAAUCGC